AUGCCAAGAGACGACAUGGAUCUCCAAGACUACGUCCAGGGCUAUGAACAGUCUUUGGAUAGUUUUACUGAAAUAUUAGAACCCUUACUGAAUACCCCUAUAGAAGAAAUAGCAGCUAAACUCGAUGUCAUAGAGCGAGCACGAGUACAAUUAUCACUUACUGCCCGUCUAAACAUUAUAGUGUACUUGCAAACGAAUGCAGUCGACCCAAAAUCACAUCCAGUCGUUGAACAACUGAAAAGAAUAGAGCGUUACUCUAAGCUUGUUGAAAACACAAUCAAUCCUCCCAAACCAACACUCUCCCUCAACAGAGGCGCAGCAAGUAGAUUUAUAAAGCAUUCAUUGCCAGCUGACGAUGACAAUAAAAAUUAG